GCAGGAGCCUGAGCUCUUCCUGCGGACAGCCAGCCGUCAGUCCGUCCCACUGAGCUGUGCUGCUGUCAGUGUCCCCUGGUGGAGCUGUUGCUGCUGCUGCUGCUGCUGCUGAGCAUGUGCUCGGCUGCUCUACAGGACAGGAGCGACGCUUCCCAUCAACACACAGGUUGAGGACAUGGAUUGCUGAGCGUGAGACAGAGCGCUGUCACCAAGCUGUUAUUCUUCCCCGCAUCAUGGAGGCUCGGCCUGGUGCAUCAUGGGAGCUCAUCAACGGUGUGACAGAUACAAUAUAUGAGGGCUGAGAGGUCGUCAUGGAGACUGACAGCUACACCUCAGGCCCUGCCACCACUGACUGGGCUGGGACGGUGGCUGGCCUGGAGGGAAUGGGAGUCCUUCAGGAGCAGGGAGGAGGGGGCUCGCCCAGCAGCUUGGCGUCCUGGUACGAGCCGUACUCGCUGGGCUUCCAGGUGUCGCUCACCGCCUUCCUCAUGCUGGAGCUGGUGUUGGGUUUCAGCAGCAACCUGACAGUGCUGGUGCUCUACUGCUCUCAAUCCAAUUUGGUGGACUCGGUGAGCAAUAUGGUGACUGUCAAUCUGCACGUGCUGGAUGUGGCGGUGUGCAUGCUGUGUCUGCCCCUCACUCUGGUGGUUGUGCUGCUGCCCCCGGGACCAAACCUGGCCCUGCUCUGCUGCUUCCAUGAGGCCUGCGUCACCUUUGCCAGCAUAGCCACGGCCAUCAACAUCCUGGUUAUCAGCUUGGACCGAUACGACAUUUCAGUACGGCCAGCCAACAGGCUGUUGACCACACGUAGGGCGACGCUGCUCCUGGCUGCCGUUUGGGUCACCUCGGUAGCUGUGUUCUUUAUCCCAUUCUUGGAGGUGCAGUGGUCCAGUGUAGAAGAAGCAGAGGAGAGAGGGCAGGUGACACCCUUGUCCUUACAUGGUGUCAGUGCCACAGUGGCGCCAGCGUGGCGUAACCAGACAUUGCUGUGUGUUGGCGGGCAGGGCUUCGACACAGGCCUGGGCAUGCGCUACCAUCUUGUCCUGCAGGUACCCAUCUUCUUCACCACAGUGGCAGUGAUGCUGUUCACGUACUCCAGAAUACUGAGAGCUUUAAACAUCCGCAUCGGCUCCCACAUGAAAAAGGGCCAGCGGUUCAGGGGGCACCACAAGAGACAGAAAAAAAAGAAGGCGGGGCUUAGAACGAAUGAUGGAGGGGAGGUCGGAGGGGAGCAGUGCACCACAGAUGGUACCAAACAGCUCAGCCACCCUCCCCUCAUCCCCUCCCCCUCCCCGACCCCUACAGCUACCUCCCCCCCUGCCCUGUCCUCUUCUGCUCCACUUGUCAUCCCUGACACAGGCGCUGCGACCGCCAUGCCCGCCACCAUGGGUGUCCAAGCCUCCGUGUCGGCAAUUAUUGCCCUGAGGCGGGCAGUGCGGCGACACAGGGAUCGUCGAGAGCGACAGAGGCGGGUGUUCAGGAUGUCCCUAAUCAUUAUCACCACCUUCCUGGGCUGUUGGGCUCCCCUUUCUGUGACCAAUGUGCUAAUCCUAGGCAUAGGCCCCAGUGACGCCCUGGUUAGCCUACGCCUCUGGUUCUUAGCCCUGGCCUAUGGCACCACUGUCUCCCACCCUCUGCUCUACGCUUUCACCAGACAGAAGCUGCGCCGUGCCCUCCGUGCUAAGGUAAAGAAGAGGGUGGUGUCCCUGCUCCAGGUAGACCCUUCACCAGGGGGCACCGUCAUACACAACUCCUGGGUGGAGAACAGAAAAACCAGCCGGCAGGUGCGGCUGGAAGCAAGCGAAGGUACUGACCGCUGCCUGGCAGAGGUCCUGUGAGACUGACACACUUGGGCCGGGCUAUAAUUAAAAAACAGAAUGAGUCACAGGUGUGUUUCAUUAUGAAACUCACCGGUGUGUGAAGCCAGUGUAAGAUAUGUGAAAAACACAUUUCCACCUCUGGGAGAUGUUUUAAUGUAACCACCAGCAGCAAGCCCGUGUGAAACACAGCGCUAACGUUCACCUCAGGCAGCAGUGAGAGCAGGAUGUUGUCAUCACUGUGGUGCACACAGCCUCUGCAGCUGAAACAAAUCACAACAACAAACACACAAGUGUAUAUAAUUUGCACUAUGUCAGAUACUGAAGUCUGUUUAUAUACUGUAUGAUAGAGCGCUCUCAUAGUGGUGCUUACCUAACUGCUCCAAAGAAUGUGUUUAGCCAGCAGAUGAUCUGAUCUGCCACCCACUCAAAUGCUCCAAGGCAGCUUUAAAGGAAAAAUGUUGAUACACUUUGAACAAAUGAACACUUAAAAAAUCUGUUUAAAUGUACUUAAUAUUGUUUCUGCCUUAAUUCUGCUCUGAUGGUAUGAGGUGUAAAAAGGGGGGGGUGUGUUGGAUAUUUACAAUCAGCACACAGUGAUGAUAUGCUGAAGAUGAGAUGUAAAUGUGUCAGCGUUUAAGAGUCAGAGAACAAUUAAAGGCUAUUGUGAAAUUUUAAAUGCAGUUUUGCUUUAGCUUCAGUCAUUAUUAAACAGUCAGUGUUUAGUGUCUUGUGAUGCUCUUUCAGAUAAAUGCAGCUCUUUUUCUCCCAAAUUUGUAUCAAUCGAUGUGAUGUCUCAUUGAUUUUUUUGCAUAUAAUGAUUGGAGAAGCUGAGAUUAUUGAUUAAAGUCAUGAUUAACGUUGAGGGAAAUAGGCUCAUUGGCUUUUUUUUUUUUUGGAAAGAAUUAGAUGAGAAGACUGAUACCACUCUCAUGUGUGUUGGCUACACAAGCAGCAACCUCCUGGGCUAAAAGAUGAAGCCAAUGCAGAGGCUCCAGAGACUGCAGUUCCUCGAAUUGCCAUGUGAGGCUGGAAUGAAAUGCCCAACUUUAUAACAGAAAUAAACAUAUUUACAGCCUGUUACAAAAAAUGGUUUUAGUCUCUAUAGUUAAUUUCAACAAUGACAACUGUAUUUUUAUAUAACUCACCUGCUUACAUUUUGUUAUGGCCCAAAUUUACACAAUGGCGGGCUGCUUGAGUGACCUGGGCUUUCUGCAGGGUGUCGCUACAGUCAGAUCCACCCCUCACUUCUCUCUCUUCUUCAAACCAAUGUGUGACAUCAUGGUAGCUACAUCCCUGACUUUAUACAGGCGUACAUUGAAUAUGACGCUACAGCCAACAGUUGGUUAGCUUAGCUUAGCACAAAGAGUGGAAACAGAGGGAAACAGCUUGCUCUAUUCUGUGCAAAAUAGAUGAAUAAAUAAAUAUCCCUACACCUCCAUUUUUGACACCUUGAAAUCUGAUAUAACAUGUUACCUUCAGACAGAGUCAGAUUAGUUAUUUCCCCAUGUUUCAAUCAGGCCUCCAUGAAGUGCUCAGACCUUGAAGCUAGUUUUCAUAGUGGCCAUGCAGUGGAAUUAUAACUUCCAGUUCCUUUGGCCCAAAAAUUUGGAAGCAUUUGGAAGGUCUAGAAGCAAGAUAAAAUUAUUUAAUCCCCAUUCAAGUUGUUGCACUAAACCGGAGGCAGCAAGUUCAGCUGACAGAAGUCGCUAGUUCGCCUGCUCCAUGAACCCAACGAUGACACAGCGCUGAUCAUCCAGCCUAAUUUUAAACGCAGCAUUUGUUUUUUGGAUUUUGGCUUCAUGCACCACUGAGCAACUUUCAUAGGAAUGUACAGGUCCCGUCUCCAACGCUGUAUCCAGUUCUCUUUAUACAUCCAUGAUUUCAACUCUUUGUGCUAAGCUAGCUAACCAGCUGCUGACUGUAACUUUAUAUUUACUAUACUGACAUGAGAAUGCUAUCAAACUUCUCAUCUAACUCUCAGCAAGAAAGCAAAUAAGGCUCUCUUACAAAAUGUCUAACAACAUCUAACUAGUCCUUUUAAACAGUGGAAAUCUAUUUUUAUGAUAUAUUCACGUUGACAAAACUAUGGAUAAAGUUAACUGGCUGUGCUGAAGAAGCUAGUUGGGAUGACACUGUAAGAUAUAAAAUGUACAGGUGACGUACAAAAUAACCUUUUGGUAUAAUGCAGUUCAGAACAUCAGCAAAAACUACAAUCUCAAAAAUAGCUGGGUUGAAUCAAAACCCCUGUGACACAAAAACUAAAUACUUACUGCCUUAAGAAAACAGCUGGGGAGACUGGGGGCAAUUAUAACUUUUCAAAUUGCUCGAAUCAGAAAUGAGACAACUCUGCUCUGAGCUGUGGUAACACACACAUUUUACAAAUAAAACUGUGGUGAUCCCUCUAUGCCUGCCAAUGGAAAAACUGAUGUCUCAUACUUCAUACAAUUAAUUAUACUGUUUUGAUUAAACUGGAAUUAUUUGUUCAGUGGAUAUUAUUGCCCCCAGUCUCCCCUAUUCAUUGUAAGUCUCUUGUUUUUGGACUGCAUUAUAUUUUCUGUGGUUCAUAUUGAGGUUUUGGCAUGCUACAAGCAUGCAGUUCUCUGUUGAAAUGACACCCAUGUACAUGUUGUAAAUACUGACCAGACUGAAAUUUAUUCCAUGUGAAAUCUGCAGUACAAGUCACUUGGUCUGUACGUGAUUAGACUGACUUUUCUAGAUUUAGAGGAUUGUUUCAGUUGCAGCUGGCUUGUCCAGACAUGUGGUCCCUUGAGUCAACUCAAACGUAGUGUCCAGCACACACAAGAGAGUAACUGUCACACAGCCGAGCACUGACAGAUUGUGGGAUUAUUAAUAAGGCUAGUGUUUCCUGUUGACUUUGUUCUACAUGCUUGUGUGUUCACUGCGCUGAUGCUGUUCUCACACUGGGGCUCAUUUCAGAGGCCGUGUGAUCUCUCUGUCUUGCACACACACUUACACACACAUGCAAUUGAUGCAUUCUUGAAUGAAAACACAUUGAAAAGAUAUAUAUUAUACUGUAUGUACACCAAAAAUAUGCUAUAUUUAUAGGUUUUCUUCAUGGUGUUGUUUUUACGUGAAUGUAUCACCAUGCAAUGUUGAAUUAUA